AUGGCGACCUUGUAUGAUGACAUGAAUGGGCCGCGCUACCUGUCGUCGUCCAUCUCGUCGCUGUCAACAUCGCGGCAACAAUCGUCGCAGAUCGCCAAAGCCUACCGACAGGCCGCCCAACUGUUCCUGACGCGACGUCUGCCCGAGGCUCUGUCGACCAUCGAACCCAUCAUCACGCCGCCGCCCGUCGAUGAGACGGCGGACGACAAGGGCGACCUCGUGGGCCACGCCCCGGUCGCAACCGCGUCGCGAGGGACCCGGGUCAAGGUGUGGAGCUUCUACCUCACCUUCCUCAAUGCCGUCAUAGAGCUGGGCGCCGAAGAGGGAAAGCACGCGUUUGGCAGCACGAGAUGGAAGCAAUUGGUGUCACCGUGCCGCGACGGCAGCAUCUGGGACAAGGUGGUACGGGACGGCUAUGCGGGCGUCGAGGGAGACGUGGAUGCCGACGUCGUCAUCAACCUCGCCACCCUCCUCCUCACCCAUGCGCCCUCGCAGCGCCUCAACCAGCAGAAGCUGGAGACGUACCUCUCCGCCACCGCCAGCCCAACCCUCGAUGUCUCCUCGCACAUGUCCUCUCCAGCAUACCUCGAGAAGCGCCCAGGCCACCGCAGGCAAAACACGGGCACAGACACGCCUCGCGACCUAGAGAAGCGCAUCAAGCUGCUGGAGCUGUAUACCCUGCAUGUCUUGCCUAGAAACGAGGAAUGGGACUACGCCCGCGACUUCAUCACCAUGUCCGAAAUGCUCGAUGAAGAGCGCAAGGAAGCAUUCCUGCUAGCCCUGCACUCUCUCAAGGAAGAGAAGGAAGAUACAGAAGCCCGCGAGGAGAAGCUCCGCCAGCAGCAACAAGAGCAAAUGGAGGAGCGCCGUAGAGAGACCGAAGCCAAGCGCCUCGAGCAAUCCCGCGCAGAGGACGAACGUCGGAAACGCGAAGAGGAAAACAGGCGGCAGCCCCGCGGCUCAGACGAGCGCUUUCGCAGGCCCCAGCCAACUCCUCAGCCCACCCCGUCGCAGUCCCGAAUCUCCCGCACACCCGGCAAGAAACCCACCACUCCGCCGCCCGGCCUCUACAACCGAGCGUCCACAAUGCUUGGCAAUAUACAGACCAUGAUAUCCAACACGGCACAUCACAUGACUGCAAAUCCCAUGGCUUUUUUCCGUACCUUGCUUUUCCUACUCGCGUUCGGCUUAGCUUUUGGCAGACGGGACCUCCGAGAGAGGAUACUCCGCAUCAUACGGAAUGCGUGGGACAAGGUGAGACGCACCGUAGGUAUGGGAGUCAAGGUCUCCUACAUUUAA